ACCGCUUAGGAGGGCAUGGGAUGGUUGUGCCGCGGCCUGAUACAGAAGCGGGUCAUUUUGCAGGCUCUGCCGACUUCGGGCCUCCCUUCGCGGGCCCCGCUCUUCCACCCCCUCAAGGCCCAGGGCUUCUGGACCUCACCCCGCGCCCUUUCCGCCUCUCGCUCCCCCUGUUGGCAAAGCCGGGCCUGCUCCAGAGCCGCCUCCCUCCGCCAUGCGCCGCCUCACUUCCUCCUAAGCGCUGCCGGGGCGGGGCUCUUUCCUUUUACGCCGGCUUCGGCCCUGAGCAGCCGCUUUUCUCACCACCUCAGCGGCGAAGAGCCCCAAGAAAUGCCCGCAGCCCCCCGGCCCGACUACCAGAGCGAGGACGAGUUCGAGCCUGAGACCCCCAUGGAUUCCGACACCGUCUUGGAGGCCGGCAACGGCAAGAAGCGCAAGAAGGAUAAAAAAGAUAAAUCUAAAAAAGAGAAACUGAAGCAAAAAUCCCUGCAGGAGGAGAAUGAGCUGUCUGAUUCAGAAUUAGAGCCUCCAAAGUCAAAGAAAAUGAAGAAAAAGAAAGGAAUGGAUGAUGAUAUUGAAACCGUAAUUGCAGAAUACAAGACAACAUCCCCUAUAAGUAAUGGGGUUGACCACUCAAAAACACAGAGUAAUUUUGGUGAAGAAUCAAAUACAGAGUGUGAAAGUGACCAAGAUCAGGAAUUGACAGCAGAGCAAAAGGAAGGAGACUUUGUCAAUUUUGAUCUCUCAAAAGCCACUAUUGACCUUCUCAAAGCUCGUGGAGUUAACUACCUGUUUCCGGUACAAGUAAAGACUUACCAACAUAUAUAUGAUGGCAAAGAUGUGAUAGCUCAAGCUCGGACUGGAACUGGGAAGACGUUCUCUUUUGCCCUUCCAUUAAUUGAAAAACUUCAUAGAGAUUCUCAGGAAAGAAAAAGAGGCCGAACACCAAAGGUGCUAGUUCUUACUCCAACAAGAGAGCUGGCAAUGCAGGUAGCCAGAGAUUUCAAAGAUGUCACAAAGAAACUCUCGGUGGCUUGCUUCUAUGGAGGAACAGCAUAUAAUGGACAAUUUGAUCUAAUUCGAAAUGGUAUUGACAUCCUGGUUGGGACUCCAGGCCGAAUCAAAGACCACCUUCAAAAUGGCAAGUUGGAGAUUUCUAAUCUGAAGCAUGUUGUCCUGGAUGAAGUUGAUCAGAUGUUGGACAUGGGCUUUGCUGAACAAGUAGAGGAAAUCUUAGCAUAUGCAUAUAAGAAAGAUUCUGAAGACAAUCCACAGACAUUACUCUUUUCUGCAACAUGCCCACAUUGGGUUUACGAUGUAGCAAAGAAAUACAUGAAAUCCAGAUAUGAGCAAAUUGAUCUUAUUGGAAAGAGGACUAAAAAGACUGCUAUGACUGUAGAACAUUUGGCUAUUGAGUGUCAUUGGUCCCAAAGAGCUGCAGUCAUUGGAGAUGUUAUUCAAGUCUACAGUGGUAGUCACGGACGAACCAUCAUCUUUUGUGAGACGAAAAAAGAGGCAACUGAACUGGCCCUGAAUGCCUCAAUAAAACAGGAUGCACAAUCUUUACAUGGUGACAUCCCACAAAAGCAGAGAGAGGUCACACUGAAAGGCUUUCGUAACGGAUCAUUUGGCGUCCUGGUUGCAACCAAUGUAGCUGCCCGUGGCUUAGAUAUCCCAGAGGUUGAUCUGGUCAUACAAAGCUCACCACCAAAGGAUGUAGACUCCUAUAUUCAUCGUUCUGGGCGCACAGGCCGUGCUGGACGAAAUGGGAUGUGUAUCUGUUUCUAUCAGCGCAAGGAAGAUUUCCAGCUAAGACAAGUCGAACAAAAAGCGGGGAUUACAUUUAAACGUGUGGGUGUUCCUACAGCAACGGAAAUCAUUAAAGCUUCCAGUAAAGAUGCAAUCAGAUUUUUGGAUUCUGUUCCUCCAUCUGCCAUUGACUACUUCAGACAAGCUGCUGAAAGACUAAUAGAGGAAAAGGGAGCAGUGGAAGCUCUAGCUGCAGCACUGGCUCAUAUUUCAGGAGCUACUUCCAUUGAACAACGUUCUUUACUCAACUCUGAUGCGGGUUUUGUGACCAUGACACUUCAGUGCUCAGUAGAAAUGCACACCAUUGGAUAUGCUUGGCGAGGUCUGAAAGAGCAGCUGGGUGAGGACAUCGACAGCAAAGUGAAUAGAAUGCGUUUUCUCAAAGGGAAGAUGGGUGUGUGUUUUGAUAUACCUGUAGCUGAACUAAGUAAAAUACAGCAAACAUGGCAAGACACAAGACGCUGGCAACUUUCUGUGGCAACAGAAUUGCCUGAACUUGAAGAAUCCCGUGAGAAUGGUCGAAGUGGUGGCGGCGGCGGCGGCUCAGAAUUCAGGAACGGGAGACGAGGUGGAGGCGGAGGCUUCAAUAGGCAUGACAGAUUCAGAAAUAGGGGCCAAAAACGAAGCUUUAACCAGGCUUUUUGAUCAUUCGUUAAUGUCAUGUAUUUAAAUGGGACUACAUUUCUUGUUUUAUCAAAAGUAAAAUUGAUUUACACUUUC